GAGCGGAAGGGAAAGGAGCCGCCAUGCAGCCUGCUCAGGCGGCCGUGUCCUUCGAAGAGGUGGCCGUGCGUUUCGCCCCGGAGGAGUGGACGCUGCUGCGCCCAGCCCAGAGAGCUCUGUACAAGGAAGUCAUGCUGGAGAAUUUUGGGAACGUGGCCUCUCUGGAACCUCUGGCUGCCAAACCUGACUUCAUAUCCCGACUGGAAGAAGAAGACCUGUUUCUUCUGGGCUGUGACGAAGAAGAGGGAUGGGCAGGAGACACCUGGCAGUCAGUAAAAGAAGCAGAGCACCAGUGGAUGGAAGGAGAGGAUCCGUAUUCAGAUGUGAAAGAGAAGUCUGAAUAUUUGGAUGCACCAAGGAAAGAGGAGGGAAAACACCUACCUAACCAGAGGCGCAAUUCUGGCCUUUUACGGAGGGACGACUCAUUACGGCAAAAAAUAUCUCAAGGAGACAACAGGAAUGAGCGCACUGCAAGCAAGAAAAAUUUCACUGAAAUAUCAGUAAUCAAUAUUCAAGGAAGGAUGUGUAACAGAAAUAAAAUAUAUACAUGCUGGGAGUGUGGGAAAAGUUUCAGUCAAAGAGGGCGCCUUACUUCCCAUCAAAGAAUCCACACAGGAGAAAAACCAUAUAAAUGCCAUGAGUGUGGGAAAACCUUCCGUUGCAGUUCAUACCUUCGUGUUCAUCAGAAAGUUCACACUGGAGAGAAACCAUAUAAAUGCCAGGAGUGUGGGAAAAGCUUCAGCCAGAGAAACACUCUUACUAACCAUGAAAGAAUUCACACAGGGGAGAAGCCAUAUAAAUGUCUGGAGUGUGGGAAAGGCUUUGCUGACGGUUCCAGUCUUAUUUCCCAUCGAAGGAUUCACACAGGGGAGAAGCCGUACAAAUGCCUGGAGUGUGGGAAAAGCUUCGGCCGCAAUUCAAAUCUUAGUAUCCAUCAGAAAAUUCACAUAGAGGAGAAGCCAUAUAAAUGCCUGGAGUGUGGGAAAAGCUUCCGUCACAGUUCCAGUCUUACUUCCCAUCAAAGAAUUCACACAGGAGAGAAACGAUACAAAUGUCUGGAGUGUGGGGAAAGCUUUGGUCAUAAUUACAGUCUUACUUCCCAUCAAAGAACUCACACAAGGGAGAAACCUUAUCAAUGCCUGGAGUGUGGGAAAAGCUUCCGUCAGAGUUCACAUCUUAGUGUCCAUCAGAGAAGUCACACAGGGGAGAAACCAUAUAAAUGCUUGGAGUGUGGGAAAAGCUUCAGUGAGAGUGGAAAACUUACUUACCAUCUAAGAACUCACACAGGGGAGAAACCAUAUCAAUGCCUGGAGUGUGGGAAAAGCUUCAGUGUGAAUUCCAGUCUGUCUACCCAUCGAAAAAUUCACACAGGGGAGAAACCAUACAAAUGCCUGGAGUGUGGGAAAAGCUUCUUUUACAGUUCAUACCUUAGUGUCCAUCAGAGAAGACACACAGGGGAGAAACCAUAUAAAUGCCAGGAGUGUGGGAAAAGCUUCAGUCAGAGUAGUACUCUUACUUCCCAUCAACGAAUUCACACUGGUGAGAAACCAUAUCAAUGCCUGGAGUGUGGGAAAAAUUUCAGUUCGAGUUCCAGUUUUGCUUUCCAUCGAAGAAUUCACACAGGGGAGAAAUCAUAUAAAUGCCUGCAAUGUGGAAAAAGUUUCCAAAAGAAUGCACUCCUUAGUUACCACCAAAGAACACACACAAGGGAAAAGAAAUAAUCUGCAUAUGCACGGUUUUAAUUAUGAAUGUUUAUGCAUUAUGUAUUUUCAUAACCUCUAUAAAGUUCAAAUUCUGGUCAGGAAAAGUACCAGACGUUCAAAA